AUGCUUGGAAAUGUGAGUCGAGGAUUGAUCACGCAGUCAACCUACGUACAAGCGUUAGGACGAAGUCAGCUGAACUUCCAUGGAAUGGAACUAUUUGCGCUGCUGAACAAUGCCACUUUUGUCGUUAACAUUAGCGAAGUUCUGCAAAAGGUUGGUAUUAGAAGGCAGCACAUUUGUCCCAUCGCGAUUGUUCGAUCUCUUCAUUGUUUUGGAAACUCUGUUCAACAAUGGGCACCGAUCGAAACGUCUGUUGACACCACUUCUGAAGAGUACCAGCACAAUUAUUCUCAGAUGCAGGACGUUGUAAAUGAUUUGCACCAGAAGGUAGCAAAGAUUGUGGAAGGAGGUGGAGAGAAGGCACGUGCACUUCAUAAAAGCAGAGGAAAGAUGCUGGCACGGGAACGGAUAGACAUAUUGGUCGAUCCAGCAACGUCGUUUCUGGAGUUCAGUCAACUUGCCGGAUUUCAGUCCUACGGGAAUGAAGAAAUACCUGCAGGGGGUAUCAUCACUGGAAUUGGAUCCGUGGCUGGGCGCGUUUGUGUUAUAGUGGCCAACGAUGCAACAGUCAAAGGAGGAACAUAUUAUCCAAUAACAGUGAAGAAGCAUCUUCGAGCUCAAGAGAUCGCCAGAGAAAACGGGCUUCCGUGUAUCUACCUCGUCGAUUCUGGAGGUGCCAAUCUGCCUCGUCAAGCGGACAUUUUUGCCGAUAGGGAGCAUUUUGGGCGAAUUUUCUAUAAUCAGGCCACUCUCAGCGGACAGGGCAUUCCACAGUUGGCCGUUGUAAUGGGAAGUUGUACUGCAGGAGGAGCAUACGUACCUGCUAUGUCAGAUCAAUCAAUCAUUGUGAAGGGAAGUGGUACUGUUUUCCUUGGAGGUCCUCCACUUGUCAAGGCCGCUACGGACUAUUAUGCACAGAACGAUGCGCACGCAUUGUAUUUGGCUCGGAAUGUCGUCGCUGGAAUGGCUACUUCUGAACGAGCUGUAAAAUUUUCUGAUUUUGAAGAACCAUUGUACGCAGCGGAAGAGUUGUUUGGUAUAGUUGGGGUGAAUCUUAAGAAAACAUUCGAAGUACGGGAAGUGAUCGCUCGAAUAGUUGAUGGAUCACGGUUUGACGAAUUUAAAGAAAGAUAUGGUGAAACUCUUGUCACAGGCGGUUCCUAUGGUGCUGGAAAUUAUGGAAUGUGUGGACGAGCAUACAGCCCUCGAUUCUUAUUUAUGUGGCCAAAUGCACGUAUUUCGGUCAUGGGAGGAGAGCAAGCAGCAACCGUUUUGUCAACUGUCCAACAAGACAAGAGAAAACGUGAGGGAUUAAGCUGGACAAAAGAGGAGGACGACGCACUCAGGAAACCAAUUGAGGAAAAGUUCGAGAAGGAAGGCCAUCCAUACUUUGCGUCAGCUAGGCUCUGGGAUGACGGUGUCAUUGAUCCACGUGAUACACGCAGAGUGCUUGGUUUAUCUUUACAGGCUACCUUACAAAGACCAAUUCCAGAAACAAAGAACUACGAUGCAGAGGUUUAUGCAUUUGGCCACCGCAUUGGCGCUUCGGAAGUGCCACCGGAAACACUUGUGAAUGCCUUGACGACUGAAUCGUAUUUUAAACGAGCAGAUAUUGCAGAGGGCGCUUGUGAUGCCACUCUCACACCAACAGAGGAGGCGUAUGACGGCAAUACGAAGCUGGUUAAGAAAGGCAGAGAUGAAUUAUUGCGGAUAGUACUGUCAUAUCUUCGUUGUCAUCUUCCUCUUGCUCCGGAGGAAUUUAUUCAGGCCGUUGCUGAGGAAUUGUGUUCAGAGAAACAAUUGUCGAACAUAGCAAAGCAUCUUGGUAUCGAUGUUAUUAUGCGUACCGGUGAGCACCCUCCAUCACCGUCGUCAAUUGCCAACACAUUUUGUGCCCUACUAGCAGCAUUGGGAGAAAAACACACAAAAGCGCUUGCUAUUGACAUAGUUAUACCUCAGAUCAUCGAUAUAGACUUCGCAGAUGUCUACCCACUGCGUCAGCCCCUCGCCGUUCUUACCGAUUUACUUGUUGGGCAAGGAGCUAAGGAGAUUGAACCAAGAAUUCUUCGAUCGGCAGGAACAGUAAGUGCGCAGCCAGUAUACGUUGUUGGUAUUUACAAAGACAAAUCGGAGCUUGUUGGGCAGAGUGCCGGCGAGACGCUCGAAGUUGCUGUUGAUAUGGCAGCUCGUGAAGGAUUACUUCGUCUUUGGGAAGUUACAGUUGAUAGAGUAUUUUCCUUUGGACAAAAUGCUGCCGACAUUCCAUUUGAUACAUUUUCAAUGGAGAACUACUACUUAAAGGAUCGUUGUAAGCCCAGUACGGAUACUUCUAUUUUGUCAGUAGUUGAGAAUGAGCCUUUGAACAUUGUCGAGGUGGCUAUGCGCUACCGGAAUAGAGUUGAAGCAGUUGUUGGAUACAGUUACACGAAACGAUUACGGCACAAAUUCUCGCGUGGAUCACUCGCUAAAAGGUCGUUUAGAUAUCUCGUCAAGCCGAAAGUGUAUACGGUGUCUUGA